AUGAUAACAUCAGUAUCAAAUGGUAAAGCAGGAGGAGAAGAGUUAGAAUACCUCGAUCAUUAUUGGCAUGUUCACAAGAUUGGAGGUAGUAUAUUGGGAAAUGCACAAAACUAUUCAAAUGUAUUACAAGUUGUUACUAGUAGUAUGAAGGAUCAUUUGGAGUAUAGAAAAGAGACUGAUAGUAAUCGUGUUGGUGCAUUGUCAUGUCAGGCGAUUAUAGUGUCUGCAAUGGAGGGUGUGACCAACCAAUUAUUGAAAAUGACUCAGUUGGCCAUCACAUCCAAGGACACUGAAUACGCACAGGUAAAGGAUCAGAUAUUGGCUAAAAUACUAGAGUGUGCAGCCCGUCUUAUUCCAUCGGCCAUUGGAGAGUUUGAAAGAAUUCUCAGGGAACAUUUGACAAGGAUUAUGGAAGUACUUAGAGCCAUUUCAAUCACUCAAAGUAUGAGUGAGGAAAUGGAAGACUUGAUUGUAGGUCAUGGGGAGUUGUGGUCUGCUAUACUACUCCAUCUCUAUCUAUCAAAACAAGGUGUGUCUUGUGCAUGGUUAGAUACACGUAAAGUACUCUAUGUUGGAAAAGGUGAGUGUGGUCCAGUCGUAGAUUGGAAGAGGUCGUCGGCCGAGAUGGACAAAUGGAUGAAAUCAAAUUUCAAUCAGACCCAGUCGCCCUGCGCAUCAUCCUCUGCACAGACGGUUCCAUCAGACCUCUAUGUACUCAUUGUCACUGGAUUUAUUGCACAAAAUGCCAAAGGUAUGCCCACGACACUCGGUCGAAAUGGUAGUGACUAUAGUGCCUCGAUCUUUGGUGCACUCUUAAAGUCUAGUCUCAUCACCAUUUGGAAAGAUGUCGACGGUCUCUUUUCAGCCGAUCCAAAGAUAGUCCCCAAAGCAACUAUUCUCAAAGAAGUAUCCUAUCAAGAAGUAUCUGAACUCUCCUACUUUGGUGCCAAUAUUCUACAUCCCCAUACCAUGCCACCUGCCAUCAUCAACAAUAUUCCAAUCAAAAUUAGAAACUUUUUUAAUCUUUUAAAUAAGGGUUCUUUAAUUCAUUCAAAGAGUAAUGAUAUAUCAGAAUCAAUUUAUAAUGUUAAAGGAUUUUCAGCUAUAAAGAGAGUAUCAUUGAUUAAUAUUGAAGGUGCAGGAUUGGGAAUAUCGAAUCUAGCACAAAGAGUAUUCCUUUCAUUACGUGAUGUCAAAGUAUCGGUGCUUUUGAUUUCACAAGGAUCAUCACAAAGUUCAAUUUGUAUUGGUGUCACUGAAAAGGAUGGUGAUGUAUCUUUGGAAGCUAUAAAAAAGGAAUUUUAUAAUGAAACUACUUAUACUGGUCAUGUUCAAACUAUUGAAUUAGUAAAAGAUUGUAGUAUUAUAGCAGCAGUUGGAGAUCAAAUGGUUAGUUCAAUUGGUGUUGCAAGUAAAUUAUUUAGUGCAUUGACAAAGGCUGGUGUAAAUAUAAAGGCAAUUGCUCAAGGUUCAUCGGAAAGAAAUAUUUCGGCGGUGGUUUGUGAAAAGGAUACACCUGCAGCACUCAAAGCUGUACAUUCUGCAUUCUACAGACCAUUCGAUCCAGAUGUCAUCUCUAUUGCAGUGAUUGGAUGUGGAUUAAUAGGUUCUGAACUAUUGGAACAAUUAUCAAAUCCUCAACCAAACGCAAAUCAUACCUACAAAGUGCGAGUUAUAUCAAAUUCAAAACAAUCAAUCUAUAAUGAAUCUGGUAUUGAAUUAAAGAAUAAUAAUUGGAAAAAACAAUUAAUUGAUUCAAAAGAAAAAUUAUCAAUUGAAAAGAUAAUGGAUUUAGUUUCAAUUGGAUUCCCAAAACAUUCAGUUAUAAUUGAUUGUAGUGCAAGUAGUGAUAUUCCAAAGUAUUACCCAUUGUUUUUAUCAAAGGGUAUUCAUGUUAUAACACCAAACAAAACAGGAUUUUCUGGUCCAUUUGAUCUCUACAAAGAGAUUCAUUUGGCUGCUUCAAAGCAUUUCAGUCAUUGUUUUUAUGAAACUACAGUUGGUGGAGGAUUACCAAUUAUUCAUAUGAUUAAACAAAUGGUAUCAAUUGGAGACAAGAUUACAAAGAUUGAAGGUAUAUUCUCUGGUACUCUAUCAUACAUCUUUAAUACCUUUUCAAAUCUAGAAUCUAACCAAAAAUGGUCAGAUAUUGUUAAACUCGCAAAAGAAAAGGGAUUUACUGAACCCGACCCAAGAGAUGAUUUAAAUGGAAAAGAUUUUGCAAGAAAGAUUGUUAUUUUAGCAAGAGAAAUUGGAGCAACUAUUGAAUUGUCAGAUAUUAAAAUAAUUGGAUUGAUCCCAGAGAUUGACAAGGAAGCAAGUUUGGCACCACUAGACGAAUUUAUGACUAAAUAUAUAACCAAUUAUGAUGAAUCGUUUGAAAAGAUGAAACAAGAGUGUAGAGAAAAGGAUAUGGUUUUGAGAUAUAGUGGAGUGGUUCAAGUCGAGUACUCGGAUGUCGAAGGAGUUGUUGCUUAUCCCAAGGUGACAGCAUCAGUAUCACUUCAACGUUACAACAAGUCACAUGCAUUUGCCAAUUUAACAGAAUGUGAUAAUAUCGUAUCAAUUAGCAGUCAACGUUACAACAAGACACCAUUGGUCAUUCAAGGUCCAGGUGCUGGUGCCGUAGUUACUGCUGCAGGUGUCUAUGGUGAUUUACACCGUUUAUCUGCAAAUUUACAACACAUUUAA